CCCCAUUUGCCAAUUCUAGGCUGUGCGAGAAAGUAGGGGACAUGCUGCAGAGCUCACAGAGCACCGUAGCUGCGAAUGCGGAAAUGGCAACUCAAACUCAAACAAAGCAAGCAAGCUAGCUACUAGCAAGACCCAAGGAUACUACAGGGCGCAAGAACUGAAGAGGAAGCGAAUUACUCGAGCCAAGGUGCGUUUGUUAGUGAAUCAUUAGCCGCGAAGACCAGAUUUAUCUUCCGCAGAUGGGUUUUCCUUCCUUUUCAUCUCGUUUCCCUGUGGCUUAGGCAGUAGGAACAGUUGAACUCCUUGAGAGGGUUUCAGAUCCAAAGGUAGUAAGAAAGAAAAGUUGACAGAAUCGUCAUUUGCUAAUUGGAGUAGUAGAGCUAUCUCAGUUUGGGAUAUGAAGCAGUUCAAUGCAGCUUUCUCUUUGUUCCUGAUGAAGAAAUGGUCUGGUGGAGCUGUGAUUAUUGCUCUAGCUGUCAUCUUCAUCUGCAGCUAUACCCUCAUGUCGAAUUCAACCCAACCCCCAAAGAGCACCAAUCAAUCCGUAUCUGCCCAGGAUUUCUUCAAUAAUCAUCCAUCCAAUACUUCUCUAGCAAAGGAAACAACCGAGCAGCCACCAAAAAGCAGCAAGGCGGAGUUGAAAUUCUUUGAAGGGCUUGCUGAUCUCUAUGCUCCAAACAAUAGUAAUGUAUCAUCGAAAGCAGCAUUGCUCGUGUGGGCUCAUAUGCGUGUGGUUUUGUCCCGGUCCGAUGCUUUGCCCGAGACAGCGCAAGGGAUCAAAGAGGGUUCCAUAGCUUGGAAGGAGAUGCUGCCUUUGAUUCAGGAGAAGGAAGGAAGAUCUGGUAAUAAGCUGGUUAAAAGUGAUGAGAGAUGCCCUUAUUCUGUAAGUAGAGUUGAUUUGGAAGUACCAUACAACGAAACAAUUCUAGAUAUCCCUUGUGGUUUGAUUGAGGAUUCUUCCAUCACGUUAGUUGGCAUUCCUGUUGGUGGGCACAAUCAAAGUUUCCGAAUUGAGCUCUUCGGAUCACAACUUCAAGGGGAAGAGCUACAGCCUCCUCCAGUCGUCUUGCUGUAUAAAGUGAAGAUACCUGGAGAUAAUAUGUCGGAGGAACCAUUCAUUGUUCAGAAUUCUUGGACUAGAGAUGGAGGUUGGGACAAUGAGGAAAGAUGUCCCUCUCAUAGAUCUCCUAAUGUUCAGAAAGUUGACGGACUUGUCAUAUGCAACGAACAAGGAGUUAGAAGCACCAAAGAAGAGAACCAGAAUGCAACGACAAAUGGGUCUAGAGAAAGUGUUCACACCGAUGCUAACUUUCCAUUCAUUGAAGGAAAUCUAGUUACUGCUACAUUAUGGGUAGGUCCAGAGGGAUUCCAUAUGACUGUCAAUGGAAGGCAUGAAACGUCUUUAGCAUAUAGAGAUAAACUUGAACCAUGGUCAGUCAACAGAGUGAAAGUGUCUGGCAGUUUGAGUAUCCUCUCAGUAUUGGCCAAAGGGUUACCUGUUCCUGAAGAUCAUGAUUUACUUGCUGACGUUGACCAACUGAAAUCUCCACCAUUGGCAAAAAAGAGACUGGUGAUGCUGGUUGGGAUUUUCUCUACAGGGAAUAACUUUCAGCGAAGAAUGGCACUCAGGAAGUCAUGGAUGCAAUAUGAAGCUGUACGUUCUGGCAAGGUGGCUGUCAGAUUCUUCAUUGGCCUUCACAAGAACACUCAAGUGAACUUCGAGCUGUGGAAAGAAGCCCAAGCAUAUGGUGAUAUCCAACUGAUGCCUUUUGUUGAUUAUUACAGCCUCAUUAGUUUGAAAACCAUUGCCAUCUGCAUAAUGGGGGAUGUUAGCCUGAGCCAUCUCUUGAAUCUGCAGACUAAAAUACUCCCUGCAAAGUACAUCAUGAAAACAGACGACGAUGCCUUUGUGAGGAUCGAUGAAGUGCUCAAGAGUCUCAAAGAAAAGCCAUCCAAGGGUCUCUAUUAUGGCCUUAUGGCAUAUGAUUCGUCCCCCCACAGAGACAAAGAAAGCAAAUGGUACAUUAGUGAGCAGGAAUGGCCUCAUGCUGCGUAUCCUCCAUGGGCACACGGUCCAGGCUACAUAAUCUCCAGGGAUAUAGCCAAAUUCAUAGUUCAGGGCCAUCAGGAAAGGAAUCUCAAGCUUUUCAAACUUGAGGAUGUUGCAAUGGGGAUAUGGAUUGAAGAGAUGAAGAAGCAGAAGAACAAGGGUGAGGAAGUGCAUUACGCGAAUGACGAUAGGUUCCACAACGCAGGGUGCGAACCGAACUACGUGCUGGCACAUUACCAGAGCCCACGGCUGGUUCUAUGCCUUUGGGAGAAGUUACAGAAGGAGCAUCAGCCCUCCUGCUGCGAGUAGAAUAUUAACUGUCUGUCUGUAACAUCACACAGCCACCGCCUUGUUUUUGCUCCUUGUUGUACAGUAGUACAUUACAGAAGCUCAACAUUGUUGAAUUGAUUUGUUGGUUAUGAACAGUGUUUGGUUGAUUGGUCGGAAACUGUUCUGUCUUUCUUAUUUAUUUAUUU